GCCAAUGGGCGGCGGGCGGGCCGCGCAUACGGGAUGAGGCCGCGGGCCUGGUCAUGCGGGGCCGGCGCGCGGCGGGGAGCGGCGCGCGGGCCGCAAGAUGGCGACCGCCAUGUACCUGGAGCACUACCUGGACAGUAUUGAAAACCUGCCGUGUGAGCUGCAGAGGAACUUCCAGCUGAUGCGGGAGCUGGACCAGAGAACAGAAGAUAAGAAAGCAGAGAUCGACAGCCUGGCGGCAGAGUACAUCGAGUCAGUGAAGAACAUGUUGCCUGAGGAGCGAGUGGAGCACCUGAAGAAGAUCCAGAGUGCCUACAGCAAGUGCAAGGAGUACAGUGAUGACAAAGUGCAGCUGGCCAUGCAGACCUAUGAGAUGGUGGAUAAGCACAUCCGCCGGCUGGACGCGGACCUGGCGCGCUUUGAGGCCGAUCUCAAAGAUAAACUGGAAGGCAGCGACUUUGAACCCCCUGGAUCUCGGAGCCUGAAAAAGGGACGAAGUCAGAAAGACAAAAGGAGCUCUCGUGGCCGAGGCAGGAGAACAUCUGAAGAAGAUACACCAAAGAAAAAGAAGCUCAAAGGAGGGUCUGAGUUUGCUGAUACCAUCCUGUCAGUGCAUCCCUCGGAUGUCCUGGACAUGCCAGUGGAUCCCAACGAACCCACCUACUGCCUGUGUCACCAGGUGUCCUAUGGGGAGAUGAUUGGCUGUGACAACCCAGAUUGCCCCAUCGAGUGGUUCCACUUUGCCUGUGUGGACCUGACAACCAAACCAAAAGGGAAAUGGUUUUGUCCUCGUUGUGUUCAGGAAAGAAAGAAAAAGAAGUAAGGAGUAGAGGGGAAUGCACCACCGAGGCAAGAAGAAUUUAAUAUAUUCCUUUAUUCACGUUGCAAUAUUACCUUUGAUUAUUUUUUGUUAAUCUACCCUCCAUCUUUUUCCGGUAUGGUAUUUAAUUAUCCAGUGGCCAGUUGUAAUUCCUGUUCUUUCAUAAGAAAAUGACUUUGGGAGGGAGUCCCAAGUCCCUUUGCCACAGAGAUUUUAUUUAUGUUACUCUUGCACAGUAAUACUGAGAGGGUGUUGCCUUUCCUGGCUGUUUCCAUUUCCCUGAAGAUCCUUUAAGUACCUCACUGUGAAGAUGAAACCUACAGUAUUCUUGGAGAGAGAGAGAAGGUUGGAUUUAUUCAGAAAAUAAGAUGAAGGCCUGAAUUGUCAGCUGUGACUGCCUGUGUGGGUAAAUCAGGAAAUCAGGUUUUAGGGAGAGGCUCCAUGAGGACACUGUGUUUGUUCCCAUGAUGGUCUGGCUCUGCUAUUGGAGAAGGGCACUCUGGAAUGUUCUAGUUUUUUAUUGGGCCACAUUUGCAUGUUCUUGACUUCUUUAAGCUGCCUUUCAGAUGAUGAAUGUGAAUCCUUGUGUUGACACAGUGUCAGUGGCUGCAGUGGAAGGGAGAGAGGAAAUCAGGAGUAGGAAAGCAAAAGUCUUUGUUUUCUUACUUCUUCUGAGUUACAGUGGAUGCAGAAGUUGAGGGGGGACCAGAGAUAAGUCUUGUCUUUAUAUCUGUCUCCUGCAUUAUAAGGUUUACCUGCCUACAAUGAAAGAUGUAGUGGAGAAGGACUCUUCUGCUGGUGGAGGGGGGAAAGAAAAGCCCCCAACUCCUGAAGUUUGCUGGCCGUGGUCCCUGAGGGGUGUUGGCUCUGUGCAGGGCUGUGAGCUGCUUUCCUUACCGGUGUACAGGAGCUCUUGGAGGCUGCUGCAAAGGCAUGAAGAAACUUCCAGAUAAGCUUUUCUUCUGCUGAAUAAGCAGCACAGGAGAUUAAAAACACUUCUCAGAUUCUGGCACCUGUUUUCAAAAGGAAAAAGGCUUUUCCUGUUUUACUGAGCCUCUUAAUCAUGUUUUACAAUGAAGAAAAGUAGAACACAGCCCCUACCACUCCUCCUCCCCUCUGUGGGGCUUUGUGCCUGCUGCUGACAUAGAGGAAACCUCUCAAUCCUGAGGCAGCUUUUCUGUGAACAUUUGGAUUUAUUGCAUCUCCACUGGAAAAAAAAAUGCCCAUCUCCAGGGUCCUGUCAUUUAAAAUAAGUGUGAUGUUGCAUGUGGCUUCACUACGUUACAUCACGGAGAGGUGAAGUUUUCAUACUCCUGUUUAUGAGAUGAUGCACAUUUGUCAUUGCUGCCAUGGAAUAGCACCUGGAAAGCAGGCAGAGGAAUUAAAAACAGAAUGCUGGAGGGAAGGAGGAGGGACAGCACAGGCACACAAACCUGAACUUAGAGGUGCAGCCAGCCCUUGUUUUCUUUCUGCUUCUUUAUGAGGGCAAAUCUGUGAUACCUCAUGAGCCAGCUUGUAAUCCAGUCACCAGUGGGUGGGAGCUGCAGCUGCUGCACUGGAUUCAUCUGGAGCAUUGCUGUGUCCUGAUGACCUGUGUUGAUGGUGUUUCAGGUUUUAUUUUCCCCUUCCAUCCAAUGUUAUUUAUCUGGGGUUUUUUUAACUUUUUUCCUAAGGCUUUGUUGGUAGUGGUAUCACCAUAGAUUAAGCAUUUGAUUUGAAACAGUCUCAAAAUUCCACUCUGGAGGUCUUGCUGGAAGCGUGCCCUGAGGGAAGAGUCCAGCUCUGGAUGAGCCAGUGUGGAGCUGACCUCCCUCAGCUCCAAAACACAUUUUUAGAAUUACCUUUGGGGCUUGGAAGAGCGUUUUCCACUUUAACCAGCCAUGCAAAAAAAAAGGAAAACAAGCUCUAGAAGGUAGAGCCCUCAAGAGGACGGAUGAUUUGCUAGGAAUGAUGUGAGGUGCAACAUUCUCCUCUUCUUUGCAAUGUCUCUGAUGUGUAAAGCAUCUGAGAUCUGAUACCAGCAAUAAGUUCUCCCACUGGGAGCACACCAGUGCAGGGCUUGGAUGGGCUCAGGAGUGUCUCCUGCCCUCUUUACACCUGGUUGUUGAGAAUUUUUUUUUUGACAACUCCUUAUAGACAGAAAUACCAGUAGCCUUCACUUUUGCUUACUAAAGGAUUUCAAUCUGACCCUUGAAUGUACAGCGUUAAAUGUUUCCUGGAGGAAGGGUGACCCCUGAAGGAAUGUCCCGCUAAAGAUUGCCCACCCGGGGGCUCAGCUUUACCACAGCUCACCCAAACCGGAGGCCGAAACUUCAACCCAAAAAUCCUACUUUUAUAACAGAAUUAAGACCCUUAACCGAAAAAAAAAAACCAACCAAAACCAACAUAAACCUUUUUUUUUUUCCUUUCUUAACGAGAAAAAAGAAAUAAGGAAUGUAAAAUUUAAAAACAAAUGUAUAUCUGUAUUUUUGGAUCUUGGAGAUGAUGGAUUAUAUUAUAAAAUAAAGUAUUUUUGGGAAUAAAA